GGGAUGAAUGGCCUUGCAGCGGUGAUCGUCGAGAUCGUAUUCCGAGGUGCAGCCACUUUCAAAAGGCAGGUCAUACCAAGGAGACCUGCUACGAUCUUAUUGGGUGGCCCGACAAGCGGCCCCGUGCUGGAGAACGUGACCGUGAGCGAGAAAAGGAUCGGCCAGCGUGUCCCAGCCAUCCUCGCGCGGCCCAGUCAUCGGUUGGAGCUGGCGUUUCUAUUCCUGGCCUUGAUCCUGAGCAGGUACAACAAUUGCUGGAAUUCCUCAAUAAUGGUGGCGGUCAGGCCACUCAGUCUUCUUCUUCCGAGCCGCAAGUGAGUAUGGCAGGACUUACACUCCAGGAAGACGAUUGGGACGGGUCAACUUCGUGAUGGAUUAUAUUACCUUCAGCUAUGUUGUGUCGAGAAGCCUCAAGUCUUGGCGGCUAGUAGUGAAGCCGGAAUGUGGGAGCUUUGGCAUUCAAGGUUGGGGCAGCCGUCAUUCAAGAAGACACCAUCGUUAUUUCGUUCUGUUCAGAAUAAGUGCAAGGAUGUUACUUUGAUUCUUGUAUGCAUGCCAAGCAGACCCGUUUACCGUUCUCUAAGAAUUCCAUUAAGACUAGUCGUUGUUUUGAAUUAAUUCAUGUGGAUAUUGGGGAGGAUUCAGAGUUCCUACUCAGAACACAGCACGUUAUUUUCUCACUAUC